CUGUCUAAAAAAUAGGAUUGAAUCGACCCAGUCUUUUUCUAAUUUUAGCCAUUUAAAAUGACAAGAUAUGCCUACCAGUAUAUAUAGUUAAACCCGCCUUCUUCACAUUUCAUUCUGCUAUGUGACCUGUUUAACUGAAGGAGACAUUCAAGCCCAACGGAUAUCGCCAUUCUUCACUUUCAGUAGUUAGUAAGAAUGGAGUCUACCGGCAUUGUAACGGUCUUCUUCCUUCUGGGAUCUAUCUUAUUUGCAAAUGCAAGAUUUUCGAAAGAUUCAGGUUGUGGUGUGACAAAGGGAUGUUUUAGUGACUGCAGAUCAUGGGACGGUUGUACGUAUCUUAUAACAUGGGUACAGACAUCAACUGGUGUAGACUUUACGAUAAAAGGGUCAUUAAUGUCAUCGAUAGAUCAAUAUAUUGCAGUUGGUUUCUCGAGUGACAAGAAAAUGGGUGAUGAUAGCGUAACAGAAUGUGUGAUGACCAAUGGUAACACCUUCAGUGUCGUUAAUUCGUUUAAUGUGGAUGAUGAUAAGAAUGAAAUGACCACAAAUUCAGCCCUUGGUUUGUCAACAAUAAGUGGAAGUUACACCAACGGUAUACUGGAGUGUUCUUUCAAACGUGACAACACUACAUCAGAUCCUCAGAUUUAUAGUCUCCUAACUGAUUGGUACCUCUUUUGGGCCAUAGGAGACAUGGAAGAUUCCGAAAAAGAGGAACAUGAAGAUUGGGGUAUUUCCUCAAAGGUUGUUGAUCUGCAGACCUACGAGGAUGUAGGGGAAUUAGGAAAGCCCAAAGUAAAAGCCCAUGGAUGCUUGACCAUUAUUGCCUGGGUUGGUUUCUGUAGUAUUGGUGUUGUACUGGCACGAUAUUACAAGCCUAUGUGGGUCAGUAAGAAGUUGUUUGGCGCAGCUAUAUGGAUCCAGGUCCACAGAGCACUGAUGAUUGCUGCAGCCUUGUUUAAUUUGAUUGCAGUUAUAGUUAUAUUCCAUGGAGAAUUUGAGGUUUAUGGAUCUAGCUUCCAGAACGCACAUCCUGUUUUAGGAAUGAUUGUCACAGUAGUGUCAGUUCUAAACUGCAUCGGUGGAUUUCUGCGUCCAGGACCAAAACACAAAUUCAGACCUAUUUUCAACUGGUCACACUUGAUAAUGGGACUAUUGUCCUACAUUCUUGGAGUUUUUACCAUUGGUAUCGGUCUGUCUAUUGAUGAUGCUCAUGUACCGUUCGAUGUCAUCUAUGUCUUGGUCGCAUUUGUCGUUUACCAGAUUUCCUUUGAAGUUACGUUGGAGGUCAUUGACCGGACAGGGAAAAGAAAACAAGCUGAAACAGGAUCAUACGAUACAAAGAUGAAUUCUAUCGGUGAAAGUAAGACAAAUCUUGAAGAAAACGAAAAGAAGUAUCCUACUCAAGAACCAGAAAAGAAGGAACAAGAUCAAUAUUGCGGACGACUGAAGACUUAUCUCCUGUUUAUUCAUAUUGGGAUCAUUACUGCCUUUACUUUGUCUAUCAUGAUUGUGUUAGCUGCAUAUUGAAGAAAAUCUAGUAAUAAUUGUACUCUAUUGCUGUGAUCUGAUUUAUAUCAAUGAGCUUCUACUCAUGACAUUACCUUUUUAAAAUAAUGUCUAUUCACUUUAUUCAUCAGUAGACGUCUUGUGCACUUUAUAUAGAUUGUUGUUUCGUUAUAUUUUUUCGAUAUUUUAUAAAGAUUUGUUAUAAAAAGAUUUUAAAGAUAUGUGAUACUAAAUUGUGUGAUAUUGUGAACAAAGAUGGUUAUUUUGGAAAAAUAUUUAAAUUUAAUUUUGCAUGAUCUAGAUUUAUACUUUCCCUUUUCCACAUGUUAGACAUUAAAAAAUAUAUUUGAA